UGAAGUCUGCGGGACAGUUAGUGAUCAGGGAGUCAGGGAGGGCCAACAAGGAGAAACGGUCAACGGAAACAGCCGCUCGUGGGGUCAGUGUGUGGGCGAAAUGCUGGUGGAUGAUCCAAUAUCGCAAACAACGCAUAAAAUGCAAUAGAGAAUAAUUAUUGAAAAAACAGCCCUUCAGAAAUUUGAUACAAACGGUUGAAUGGGAAGUUUCCGGGGAGUAAAGCACAAAAAGAGCUUGUUGCGCAGCCACUUGCCAGUCCUGUUCAACGAUAAGAUUUUGGACUGAGAGCUCAACGUAGCGCGGAAAUAUGACAAAACGGUUCUGUCAAAUAACUAUUCGAACAGUCGGAUUGACAGGGCACUGAACCAUUGCAAAUAAACAGGCUGCAAUAUAAGCAUCGGUAACAAACGUGUCUGUUAGUAAACAUAGCAAAGAGAAAAGCAGCAUGAAUGGAUGAUUCUUGGGGAGAGGAGCAGAGUGUGAGAAAAAGAAGAAGAAAGGAAAUGCAAAGAAAAUUAUAGGACAUGGAUAAAAAAAAAGAGUGAAAGAAAAAUGGAGAGUGAAAAAGCGAGAGGGGAGAGCAAGAGAAGGGCAGGCUGGGUGAUAGGAUGCGCUCCCCAUUGGCUCCUGGUGAAGUUGUAUACGUGCAAUCGAUGAGCGACCCAGCUCAGAACGGUAAGGUUUCCGGAUUAGGAAACCCCUACGAAGAACUGACCGAUACAGCUCGUGGUCAGCUGAUUUUCUGCAGUCGAACUAUUCUCACGAGUCGAGCUGGACGAGCAUCUCUUGGUUUCCAGCUAGGUUUGCAAGCUAUCAGUUUCUGAAGGCAUCAUCGAGUGUCAGGAGUGCAUAAACUGGAGGGAUACCGACAGGCCUCGUGAGUGUCGGGAGCGCUGUGAUCGGCAGUUCCUGACAGCCCUCAUGAAAGGUGGAGUGUUACAAUCGAUGGGCUUCUCGUGACAAUUAUUUGAGUGCCACGAGUGCUGUGAUCGGCGGGUUUCUGGAGACACUCUGUGGACACCAGCUGGAGUGCUGUGACUGACAACACCACCGGCAGCGACAUGGCCUCGCCUACCGAGCAGCUGUUGCCCGGCCAGGCUCUGCUGCGUCUGAUCGGCACGGCCAAACUGCAGGACCGCGCCGAGCGGCGCCGCGCGGCCGCCGCCGCCGACCGCAUCAUCGAGCUCAGCGGCGACCGGCAGCGGGCGGCCGCCGACGUCACCGCCGCCCUGCUGGAGCGGCACGAGCAGGCGCGCUGCGCCAACGGCGGCGUGUGUCGGCUGGGCGGUUUCCAUCAGCUGCUGGCCGUGGCCGCGCUGGUGGCGUUCCGCUGGCGGCUGGACGACACGCCGCUGGUCUGCCGACUGCUGACCGCUGUGGCCGGCUGUGAGAGCACUCUGGAGCGGCUGCUGGCCGGCGCCAUAUUCGGUCCCUGCGUCACCUACCUGGUGAGCGGCUCUAAGGCUGAUCUCAGUGACCGCGCCGAGUGUCUGAGGUUCGCCGAGUACCUGCUGAGGCACGCGGUCGCCGCCGACCUCCGUAUCACCGUCAACACGCUGCCGUGCGGCCGGCGCGGCUGGGACCGCUCCUACCGCGCCAUCGACCUGCCGCUGCUCUCGUACGAGUCGCUGCCGCCGCUGCACGCGGCCGUGGCGCAGUGUCGGCCGGACGCCGUGCUGGCGCUGCUGCGGCUCGGCGCCCGGCUCUCCUUCCUGCCGCUCGGCGCCCCGCUGUGGAGCGACUCGCGCCACUCGCCGAUGGAGCACCUCUGUCACCGAUUGAACUCAGAGGUAGAGUCGCACGUGCUCACCGGUCGGCCGUACAGCUCUGAGGUGGUGCUGUGUCUGCGCCUCCUACUGCGCGCCGCGCCACCCACCGCGCUCCGGCUGAUCAGCGGACUCGGAGAGGAGGGCACCGAGUGGCGCGGCGCUGCGCUGCACUACACAGUCGUGGCGCAGGAGGGCGGGCUGGCGCAGUACGCUGGCGUGCCGCCGCUGCGUCAUAUGACGCGCUGUGUGCUUCGUCGCCGGCUGGCGGAGCUGGGACGGCUGCCAGGCGGUCUGCGCCACCUGCCGCUGCCCCAGCCACUCAGAAACUACCUAGACCUGGCUGAGGACUGACCCAGUACAGCACGCCUGCCGCAGCCGGCAGACAGACCGAGUCGGUACAUCGGCGCCGAUGUGGUAUCACCGAACUUGUGCGUGUUUAUGGUGC